UAAUUCUUUCAAGAAUUCGGAAUAUUUUUCUUCGCUAUUUUUUACGUUACAUGUGUUAUAGAAUAUAGAAAUAUGUCAACUAUCGUUAACGAAACUUUGCAAAAUAAUUUCGAAGAGGAAGAGGAAGAAGAGAUUUACGAUGUGCAACCUGAAUUCCUAGAAUUGGAUAAUCGUAUUAUUUGGAUUAGAGAACGGGUAUUAAAUUUCUUAGGGUUAUCUGGUUAUAAAUACCUUUUUAAUAAUUUAAUAGAGGCAAACAAUAGAUAUUUUGAGAAAAAAUUAAUAAAUUUUUUAAGUCAUGAUUUAUAUUCAUUUACAACUCUCGAAAGGAAGAUAAUUUUCUUUUACAAAACAUAUUCAGUGGAAACGGUUCAGGAGGAAAUAACAGUUUGGGAAAGUGAGUAAUAUAGAUAUUCUGCUUCUUUGCAAAUAAUAUUGCGUGAUAAUGAAAUAA